AUGUUAAAAAAACUUGAGUUAUGGAGAAAACGUGCCCUUCAAAACAAUUUUAACCACUUUCCAACUCUUUAUGCAUUUAUAGAAUCAUCCGAUGAAGUUUUUCCUCAGGACACAAAAGAUAUAAUUAUUGAACACCUCCAAAUUUUGAAACAUUCAUUUCGAAAAUAUUUUCCAGUUCCUGACAAAAAUAAAAAUUGGGUAGUAGACCCUUUUAAUGCAGAUGUCCCUGAUAUAACUGGUUUAACAACAACACAAGAAAAUCAAUUAAUCGAAAUAUCCAGUAAUUCUAAUUUAAAAAGGGUUUUCAAAGAAUCUUCUUUGUCUUCUUUUUGGUUGAAUAUAAGACAAGACUAUCCAGAAAUAUCGGACUCAGCACUAAGGCCAUUGAUGCUUUUUUCAACAACUUAUCUCUGUGAAAAAGGAUUUUCAGCUUAUGUGUACACUAAAAAUAAAUAUAGAAAUCGAUUAAAUAUAGAAUCAGAUUUACGUAUUCAACUUUCUAAUAUAGAUCCUAAAAUACCAGAUUUAGUAUUAAAGAAACAACACCAUCCAUCACAUUAAACGCAUUAAUUAUUUAUUAUAAAAAUAAUAUAUCUAUUUAUCCAUUUUUUUUUAUUAAUUCAAUUUUUCAUUAUAAACAUAUGUGUAUUUAAUUUUAAAAAUAAAGCAAACAAUUUAGUAUUAUUAUUUAUUAUUGCUUUAAUUUAAAUUUUUAUUUAGGGGUCCGCGAUCUUUUUUAUUUUCUCUAAGGGGGUCCGGCAGAGAAAAAGUUUGGGAAACGCUGAUAUAGAUGACCUAGCUUCAUAUGGUAAAAAUUUUGAACAAGCAUUAAACCAUUUAAAAAGAGCAUUCGUAAUUAUGGAUCAAAUGAAUUUUUCAUUAAAAACAAACAAAUGUUUCUUCUUUAAUAAAAAUAUUGAACUGUUAGGGCAUAAUAUAUCAGUCAACGGCAUAACACCUCUAAAUAGAAAUAUAAAAGCUAUUACUGAAUUUAAACACCUGUUGAGAAUCCUUGGUUUAAAACAUAGUUUGUAUUUAGCUAAGUAA